GCGGGGCCUGGCGGCGGGGCCGCGCUGAGGUAUCCUAAAAGCUUUUAGCAGCUGAAACCCUGCUGCCUGCUUUUUGGCAGCUCCCAGCGCGCCAUCGAGCUGGUAAAUGCCUGUAUCGACGUGCGAGAGAACACAGCCCUACAGUCAUUGAGAGAACUUCCUGCGUUCUUCAUGACUGCUUGACCCACCAACAGGGAGCGAAUACGCUUAUGAGACAGGAUGUUUCGUCUUCGAUUUCUUCCUGCCGCAGCAGGGCUGGCUGCCGUUUCGCGGCGUUACCACGGGGCAGCACAUCACCCCAGGACCAGGCGUAGGCUCGUGGUGGCGGCUUUCAUAGGGACGACUGCGGUGACAGCAAGCGCCAGGCUCCUUUGGCAGAGAGCCUAUGCAGAAGACUCAUCCUCUGUGAAACACGACACAAGGACAGAGCCGAGUGAGAAGGCGAAGCACCCUGAGGAGGAGGAGAGCAGUGGCGAUGAGGGUGGAAAGGCCGUCGCCUCGGGCAGCGAGGAGGCUCAGGCAGAGGGGAAGAGGAAGAAACGUUCGGGCUUCAGGGACCGCAAGGUGAUGGAGUACGAGAACAGGAUCAGAGCCUACUCCACGCCAGACAAAAUCUUCAGAUACUUUGCCACUCUGAAAGUGAUAAAUGAGCACGGCGAAUCUGAGGUUUUUAUGACGCCGCAGGAUUUUGUGAGAUCGAUAACGCCUAAUGAAAAACAACCGGAAAAUCUGGGGCUGGAUCAAUUCAUAGUGAAGCGCUAUGAUGGGAAGAUACGGGUUAAGUUUUCAUCUAAAUUAUUAGCUGAGCUCCUCCCCAAUCUGCAGCCCCACGAAAUGAAGUUGUCCCAGGAGCGAGAGAAGUUUGCUGAUGAAGACAGCAUCUUUUAUGCACUUGGAGAAUGCGGACUCAUUUCUUUUUCUGACUACAUUUUCCUCACGACAGUCCUAUCCACUCCCCAGAGGAAUUUUGAAAUCGCCUUCAAGAUGUUUGACCUGAAUGGUGAUGGCGAAGUGGACAUGGAAGAGUUCGAGCAGGUCCAGAGCAUCAUUCGCUCCCAAACCAGCAUGGGCAUGCGCCACAGAGACCGAUCAACCACUGGGAACACCCUGAAGACUGGCUUCAACUCUGCGCUGACGACAUACUUCUUCGGGGCGGAUCUGAAGGGGAAGCUCACCAUCUCCCACUUCCUCGAAUUCCAGCGCAAGCUGCAGCACGAUAUCCUCAAACUGGAGUUUGAGAGGCACGACCCGGUGGACGGGCGGAUCACAGAGCGGCAGUUCGGCAGCAUGCUGCUGGCGUACAGUGGGGUGCAGUCAAAGAAGCUCACCGUCAUGCUGAAGCAGCUCAAGAAGCACUUCCAAGACGGAGAGGGGCUGACGUUUGAGGAGGUGGAGAGCUUCUUCACGUUUCUGAAGAACAUAAACGAUGUGGACACGGCGUUGAGCUUUUACCACAUGGCUGGAGCCUCGCUUGAUAAAGUGACCAUGCAGCAAGUGGCCAGGACGGUGGCGAAGGUGGAGCUCUCCGACCACGUGUGCGACGUGGUGUUCGCGCUCUUCGACUGCGAUGGGAACGGCGAGCUGAGCAACAAGGAGUUCGUGGCCAUCAUGAAGCAGCGCCUGAUGCGGGGCCUGGAGAAGCCCAAGGACAUGGGCUUCACCCGCCUCAUGCGCGCCAUGUGGAAGUGCGCCCAGGAGACGGCCUGGGACUUCACCCUGCCCCGGCCCUAGCGGGGCUGGGCCGGGCCUCCCUUGUCCCCUUAAUUCCCCUAAUGAGCUCGGAUUUAAC